AUGAGCAGUGGCAGUAGCGAAGAAAUUAAAAGUGAUUUAAAAGCUGAAAAGUAAAGCUAAGUUUUAGAGCACGCACCAAAUUAUACAUUUUUGAGCAACAUUAACAACCAGGAUGAAGAAAAGAAGCUCCUUUAAUCAACAAAUGGUUUAAAUCUGCAUGAAGAUUCAAUUUCAAAAGCAUCAUCAUAGCUAGAUUCUUCUAUUAAUAUAAGUGAUUCUAAUUUUAAUGUAAGUAAACUUUAUUAAGGCCCCUCAUAAAAAGGCGAAGAAAAUUAAGGGAAUCCUGAAAAUAAAGCAUUCAAAAGUAAAUUUAGAGAUAGGCUAUCUGGUUUAAGCGAAAAAUUGAGAGAAUUUGCUAGAAAUUUAUUUGAUUUAGGUAGAUGGAAUAGAGAUUAUGAUAGCUUCAAUUAGUUGUAUUUUUAGAUUCUUUUCGAUGGCUUUUCUAUUUUCUACCUGAGCAGCAAAUACAAAUAAUUAAAAUAAUAAAGACUAAAUUCUUUAAAAGAUGAAAAAUUUGGAAGAGAAAAUGUUGAAAAUUUAUAAAAAAAUGGUUUUAGGCUUUAUUUGAAUAGCAAAUUAGAAUAGAAUACUAUAAUUUAUGCAGUAACUACCUCUUAUUAUUUUAAUAAAUAUAUUAAAAACAAGAAUUAGAGCAACUAAGAAACAGAUCCUAAUGAAUAAUGUUUUGACGUUUGGUAAGUAGAAAUUCCAGAAAACAUUAUUAGGAUUUAAUUAGAUGACCAUUUCAUUUAUGAAAAUAAAAUACAAACAAGUUAUUCUCCACAAAAUAGCUUUUUAACCAAAUUGGCUCUAUCUAGUUUUUCGCUGCUGAAACUUUUUACUUCAAAGCUAUCUAAGUCCAAAAUUGAAAUAUCUUCAGAUCAUAUUACUAGUUAGUUUUACAUUUUUGGUUAAAAAGUUAUUUUAAAAGAUGGUAAAGUAGGUUUGAGGGUGAAGCAAAUAUUUUCUUAAUUUGAUUUUUCUUAAUUCAAAAUUGAAUAAGCCGUUUACUUAUUCUAAAUGCUUCUUGCUGCUGGCGUUUGUACUUUCUUUGCUUUGAAGCUUGUCAAAAACUUGAUUUAUUUAGCAAGAAAGAAGAAGUUAAUUAAGAAAAAAUAUUUGGUAUUUUGA